CACCAGUCAAUUUCACAUUGUACUAUAGGCUUUAUACUGCAUACGAAGCUGCAAUCCUUUUUCACAACUCUAUCAGAAUCUGUCUCAGGAGGAACUAAUUCUACCAGGUGCAAGAGGAACAUCUUUAUACUGCGAUGUAUCAUAUGUUCAAAGAUGAUUGGCGUUUCCGAACACCAGCACUAACACCAACACCAACACCAACACCACCACCACCACCACCAAAGAAGGAAUUUGACAGCCCUUGGAGGAAAGUAUCUUGGAGUAAACAACACAGGGACGAGAUGGUGAGGGUCCUGAGGAACUUUGAACUGAAUGAUCCUGACGUGGGUCAGCUGAGAUGCCUGCUACAUGGACCAGUCGGAGCAGGGAAGUCCAGCUUCAUCAACUCAGUCAACAAUGUCUUCCAAGGACGCACAACAUCUGGUGCCCUGGUAGCAGCUACCUCUGGCACAAGCUUCACCAAGACAUAUAAAACACACUACAUUAAAGAUGGAAAUUCCCGUCUACCCUUUGCAUUCAAUGAUGUCAUGGGUCUGGAGGCACAAGAAAAAGGGAUGCAAACUAAAGACAUCAUCAAUGCCCUGAAGGGCCAUCUACCAGAAGGCUAUAAGUUCAAUCCUUGCUGGCCAUUAACUGAGGAAAGUCCAGAAUACAAUAGGAUUCCUACAUCAAGUCACAAGGUUCACUGUCUGGUGAGUGUUGUACCAGCGGACAAAAUCUCUCUCAUGUCAAGUGACGUCACAGCGAAGAUGAGGAAGGUCAGAGAAAAAGCCAGUAAAAUGGGAAUCCCUCAAGUUGUUGUCAUGACCAUGCCAGACCAGGCUUGUGAUCUUGUGGACAGGGAUGUGAAGAACAUCUACACCAGCAAGGCAAUCAAAGAGAAGAUGCAGAUCUGCAGUAAUGAGCUGGGCUUUCCCAUGAACUGCAUCCUGCCGGUGAAGAACUACCAUGAGGAGGAGAUGCUGGAUGACGACAUGGACAUCCUGAUACUGAACGCCAUGACUCAGAUUAUGAACUUUGCCAAUGACUACAUCUGGGACCUCCAACAACAUGCAUGAGUGUCACACACCUGCAUGAGUGUCACACACUAGGAUAUUAGUGAGCCAUCGAGUACACUACUAAGUCUAUAUAGUCUAGAUUUAAUUUCAGAUAAGCUAUCCCCCUUUGGAAAUAGGACAUUUGUUUUGAAGGCUGGAUGAAGUAAGGCUGGAGUGAACGUUCUCUUUUCAAUGUUUUCAUAUUGCUUCAUAAAGUCCAAUGAUGUCAGUUAUCUAUGCAUCAUGUUUUGCAUUCUAUCAAGGAUACUAGCUUAUCUAAUGCAAGUGUACACUGUUGGGUGUUAUAUGUAGGUGCUGUCUAGAACCUAAAACAGUUAUUCAGUUGUCAUCAUAAAGAACUCUUUGGUUUCCAUGUAAAAUCCACACUGGUUCAUCUUAGUUAGCUAGUAGCUCUAGUUAGAUCCCUGUGUAAUAUGGAUGUCUUCCAUACAGGUUUCUAGUGUGAUGUGCCAAGAAGAGUACACCGCCACUACAUCGAGUAGUUGAUACUUGUAAAAAUGUCCAUUCUUUAAUGCUUUUCUUGUACCUAUGUUUGUCCUGUGCAGCUGCAGGCUUUUCUUCGGGUGCUGAAAUCAGUUGUUUUUGAAAAAAAACAGAAUUUUAUGUGACGUCUGCCAAACUGUACCCCGUAAUCCAUAUAUAAAAACUACGGAUUUCAGCACCCAAAGAAAAGCUUGUAGUUACACAGGACAAACAUAGACAUUUUUACAAGUAUCGACUGAUAGCGACUCAAUGUAGUCAGUGGUACACUCCGCCGGCACUCAUCGCAACUCAACUCCGUAGAGAUAUAUAUGACAUGGCACAUUCUAAAUAUCUGAUAUCUGACAGCAUUCUAUACAAGAGGGAAUGCAUAAAUAAGCCAACAAAUAUUAGUUAAAUAAAAUAUGGAAGAGUCGAUGAAAAGCUGCAUUGACUCUGAAAUUUGUGGUUUCAACUGGAAAAUUUCACUUGAACAACCCUCCAAGUCAUAAAUACAAUUGGGAAACUGAGUUUGUCAUUACCCGAGUUGCUACCCGAGUUGCCGAGUUGUGACGACAAAUACCUUUUUAACAAUUAAAAAUGUAUUUAAAUGGAUAAUGUAGCUAGUUUUACCAUAUUAUCAAUGUUAAGCAAGCUACGUAAAAUUUUCUGGGUUAAAGAAUUGUUCCCGACAUCAAAACAACUUGAACACAAUCAUGUCGGAUUUACAACUUCCCACUUCACGCUUUCCCAAUUCUCAUGGGCAUGUGAAUGCCCCAUUAGAUAGAUAACUCUAGUGAAGCCCGUUUUAACAUGGACAGCGCCAUUGAGGAAUUUCGCCAUUUUGAAGUAGUCAACUGGGUGGGACUUUCUAUGUUUAAGGAAGGAUCACAUAAUUCCAUCCAGGUCAUCAGGAAUGGUCAGCCAAAGAAUGAUACUCAUUAGCAAACAUUCCAUAACUGCAGGUGGAAGUAAACAACAACCUUUUCAAACAACACACUCCAGGUGGCAGUGUGCACCCUUUCAGUUUGUUUACCAACUCAUAGAAGUAGUAAAAUAAGAAAUUCACCACUUUAAAAUGGAGCAGAGGAGGCUGGUGGGAGGAGCUAUAGGAAAAUGGCUCAUUGUAAUAUCUGGAAUGGGAUAAAUGGAACGGCAUCAAACAUAUGGAAACCAUGUUUGACUCCAUUCCAUUAAUUCCAUUCCAGCCAUUACAAUGAGCCUGUCCUCCUUUAACUCUUCCCACUGGCCUCCUCUAAAAUGCAGAUAGCCUCAAUGGCCCUGCCCAUGUUCUCACAGACGACAUAAUGGGACAGAUAGAAAGUAAGAAGUCUAACAAGUCUAUGGCUAGCUGACAGCAAAGUAUUUACUGAGACAUCUCAUCUUUGUAUCUGUCCCAUUAUAGCAUCUGUGACAGCAUGGGCAGGACAUUUGAGGCUAACUCCAUUUUAAAGCAGUACACUUCUUAUUCUACUUCUACUACUUCUAUGCAGCAAAGGUAUCAGAGAUUCCAGCAUGGAUUUGUAGUCUUGCAUGACAAAGUAUCAGCUUUCACACCAUGUGAAUGGCAUCAAACACCUGGAAACCAUGUGUUUGAUGUAUUUGAUACCAUUCCACUGAUUCCACUCCAGUCAUUACAACGAGACCGUUCUCACCAAUUAAGGUGCCACCAACCUCCUGUGAUAUAGGUAUAGAGGAGGAGGAAGGGGAGGACCAUCCUCCUCAGUGAAAUUUCAUAAAAAUAAAAACAUUAGAAACAUUAAAAAAGUUAUCAUUUUUAGAUAAAACUAUACUAUACUAUGUCACCAAAUAAUUGAUUCAAAUACACUGUUUUGCAAUGAAGGUGAUAGGUUUGGUUUCUGAGCGUUAUAUAUUAUUAAUCAUUAGGUAUAAUAGAGACAUGAGGGGUGCCAUAAGUAAGCUUGAGAGGGGCUGAGUGCAGGGAAAACAAUCACAUGUAGCAGUACUGAUAAGGGGAGGAACCGUUUAAGGCCCUGUCACUCAACUCUCUGCCUAGCAAUAAUGAUGCGAUAAGGAGGAUAAUUUAGUGAUAAGGAGGAGACUCCACCCAAAGUGGGGUAUGUACACAACCACUGUUGAAACCAUGUUUUUGUCUAAUGCAGCUGUAUUGACCCUCUGGGCAGAAUAAACUUGGUUUAAAGCUUU